AUGAAACAAUUUAUUCGAUAUCUUAAUACAAAUAGAAUACUACUAAAUAAACAGGAUAAUAUAAAGCAAAAUAUAAAAUUACUUUCUAAAUAUUAUUCACCAGAAAUUAUAAAAUCUAUUCAAAUUUCUGAAAAUUUAGUUGAACCAAAACAAUUAUUAAAAUUAAAAUUAUGGGGACAAGAAGGUAAAAAUGAUUUAAAAACAGAGAAUACUCAAGAUUAUUCAAAAAUAGAUCCCGAAUGGAAUGAACCUAUAUUAUAUCCAAAUCAAGGUUUAGGUAGAACUCCUUAUCCAAAAAUUCCCCAAGUUUAUUCACCAGAUAGAUCAGAUUUAAAUAUAAGAUUUUCUAAUGCUCCUAGAAAAACUGGCGAUAAUCAAACGGAUAAAUCAGGUAUUAAAACAACUUUCCAAAUAGCUGAAGGUAUAUCUCAAUUGACUGGAUUUGAUGAAAGAUAUCUAAAAAAUUUAUAUCAUCGUCCAUUAAUAAUGAAAAGAGUUUCAUUAAAAACAAGAAAAGGUAAUAUUGCAAGUUUUUUUGUUUUAUCAGUUGUUGGAGAUAAAAAUGGUAUGAUUGGUAUUGGUAUUGGUAAAUCAAGAGAUGGUAUUAGAACUGCAGCUUCAAAAGCUCAUUGGGAUGCGAUUAAAAAUUUAACAUAUGUAAAAAGAUAUGAAGAUAGAACAAUAUUAGGAUCAAUUGAGUAUAAAUUUCAAGCAACAAAAUUAAAAUUAAAACCAGCACCAAUAGGGUUUGGAUUAAGAGUAAAUAGAAAUAUAUUUGAAAUGUGUCAAGCUGUUGGUAUAAAGGAUUUAAGAGGUAAAGUUUUUAAAAGUAGAAAUCCAAUGACUGUUUGUAAAGCAUUUUUUGAGGCAUUAAAAGAACAAAAAUCAAUUGAUGAAUUAGCAGCUAAUAGAGGUAAGAAGAUUAUAGAAUUAAGAAAGGUUUAUUAUACUGAAUAG